AUGAAUAAUUUAUACGUUCGAAUAUCUCUUAUAUGUGGUGCUUUGUCAACCUCUUAUUUUGUGAAGUAGUAUUUUGAAGAGACGUACUUUCGAAGACUCCGAUUCAUCAGAAAACUAGCAAGAACCUAUUUUAAGAAAGAUGAUGGAACAGAAAUGUUCGAUGAUCAGAUUAUUGGCAAUGUGGUUGCCAGAAGUGACGGAAUGCAUCUGCACUUCGGUAACAUGAAACAAUAUGUCGCCUAAAAGUUUUCUACACCCACAGCAAUCAUUUAUGUUUAAAAAGUGGAAGCUAUCAAAAAAAUAGUAUAAAAAGCUGCUAAAUAUGGAUUCAAAGUUACUACUAUGGAUGUUGAUAGUAUUGAAGACUACAAACAACAACUUUAAAAUAAUCUUAACUUGUCCCAAAAAGAAAUCAAGAGACUUACGUAUUGUAAACACCCUUUUUUGAUCAUCAAUCUGCGGAAGGUUCAGCAUAAAGAAUAUGAUUCAUAAACUCAAAUUGUCAAAGUGGGAGUAGGUAAUAAAAUACAAGACGUGAAUUAAUACUUGGCAUAAUACGGUCGAAGAAUUCCAUUGGCAGGCUAAUAAAGACUAUUUACAGUAUUGAGUGACAAUUCUACUCCCUUGGAUUCUGUAGAGUAUGAUAAUCUUAAUUAAAUUGUUACUGGCUUGGUUGCCAUUUCACCGAUGUCUCACUAACUCUAAACUGAAACACCCACAGCUUCUUCGAUCAUCAACUAACUGUUUAUUGGGCAAUAACAUAGAUUUGGUAUUGUAUACGAAGUUUCUCUUAAAACCGAAUCUUUGGAAUUACCUGUUAAAUAAGAGAUUAAUUUAGACAAAAGAUAUAUUAGUAAAACUAAUUUAUACUACCUAUUCGAUUCAUUAAUUAAAUUAUCUUAAUAACACAGACAAAAAAUUUAAUUUCUUUAUGAUUGUUAUUCAAAUUAAUAUAAAAUAAUCUAACAAGGAACACAAAACCUUCCAGACUUGAAAUAAACCUUAGACACUGUAGUUGAUAAAUAUGUCACUAGAUAAUUAUGGAAUCACAAUACUAAUAAAUAGAUCAAGAAUAAUAGUAUCAAUCAUAAUUUAAAUGAGGAGAUGUCUCUACAAUUAAAAUAUUAACUUUCUUCCUCCCAAUUAUUAUCUUGUCUAUUACAACUCAAAGAACUAUAACUGAAAUAACAACAACAAUAAUUCUAGGUUCAAGUUGAUUUCAAAACUGGAUUUCUAACAGUCAACAUUGACUAGAAUUUGCCUUCCAACGAAAAAUUGCAAAUGGUCAAAUCCUUUACACACUAUGUAAGUAACAGAAAGGGCAAAUUUAUUCAAUGCAAUGAUAAAUUAAUUAACAGAAUGCUCAAACUAGAAACUUAUCCUAUGGAAUUAGGAUUGAAUUCUAUGAGAUUGGAGCAUUAAUUUGCUGAGCUUCUAGAUAAAAAUAAAGUUAUGUUUCAUGAGUUCUUAUAACAUACUGAGUUAGAUGAACAAAUUAGUUGA